AUGUCUGGGUUUUUUUCACUAGGUGGUGGGAAAGAGCAAGAGCAACAAGAGCAGCAAGAUACUACCAAUAAUAGCAGCUUCUAUCUGUUCAAGAACGAAGAGAUCUAUAACAAGGGUUUUGAGCUAUGGCAGCAAUACUACCAGUUGCAUCAACAAAGAAUACAUCAUCAUCAUCAUCAUCAAGUAGUUGGGCAGGAUGUGGAUUUCUCAGUGGGUCCCAGUAGGAGGAUCAUCAGUAGCGGUAGUGGUGGUAGUGGUAGUAUUGGUGAUGAUUCUUCCUAUAGAUCAGCAGGAUUUAGGGUGAUGAGGCACGGAGGAGGAGGAGGAACUGGUAGUGGCAGUAGUAGUGGUGGUGGUGGUGGUGCUACUAUGAAUUGCCAAGACUGUGGGAAUCAAGCUAAGAAAGACUGUCCACAUAUGAGGUGCAGAACUUGUUGUAAGAGCCGAGGGUUUCAGUGCCAAACUCACGUUAAGAGUACUUGGGUUCCUGCUGCCAAAAGGCGUGAAAGACAACAAGUCUCUGCUCUGCAAACUCAACAACAGCAGCAACAACAAAAUCAACAACAAUUGAGCCUGAUCAGAGGUGAUAACCCCAAAAGACUCAGAGAAAAUCCAGGCGGAGGAGGAGGGGGCUCUUCCUCUCUUGCUUGCACUCGUUUGCCUACUUCCACUUCAGGGUUAGACGUGGGUAACUUUCCGGCUGAAGUGAAUUAUCCCGCUUCAUUUAGGUGCGUAAGAGUGAGUGCAAUGGAUGAUGCAGAAGAACAGUACGCGUAUCAGACAGCUGUUAACAUAGGAGGUCACGUUUUCAAGGGAAUUCUCUACGAUCAAGGCCUUGAAAGCCGCUACGCUACUAGUGGAAGAGCUGGUGCUGGCGAAGCUUCCUCAGGCGGCGGUGGAGGUCAUGGUCAUCAUCAUGAUCAUGAUCCGCAACCACCACUCAAUCUUAUCGGGACAGCCGCCGCGGCCACCGCCAACGCUGCAGUCACCUCUACCAACCCUGCUCUCACUAUGCUUGACCCUUCCAUUUAUCCAACUCCACUAAGUGCUUUCAUGGCCGGUACGCAAUUCUUUCCACCACCAAGGUCUUAA